AUGUGGGCCCUGAGGCCGGCGGGUGCCCCUUCUCCCCCGUCUCACAGCGGGCUUUCUGGGGGCAGCAGGCCCAGGGCUCGACAUUCCUCCGACUCCUUAGCGCUGCUCAUGGCGGACGCCCGCGGUCAGGGAGUGGAGUCCGUGGGCUCGCCGUCGCUGUCGCGGAGCUACAGCAAUUCCACCAUGUCGCUGUUGUCUCCCCUCGGCCACCAGAGCUUCCCGUUUGGCGAAGAUGACAGUGACGACGAGGCAGAAGGCGUGGACGCAGAGGCCACGGAGGCGGGCCUGAAAAAAAUGGAAUUACAGGGCUGCACCAGUGAAGUUAAAUCAGAAGAUACUCCAAAAGAUCAGAAACAAGUACGCUUACCAGAAAGUAGCCUGACACCAUGGGAAGUGUGGUUUGUUGGCAAAGAAAAGGAAGAACGUGACCGACUGCAACAGAAAGCACUAAAGGAAAUAAAUCAACAACUAGAAAACAGGAAAAAAAUGGAAGAACGAGAAAAAAGAAAAAUAAUUGCUGAAGAAAAGCUUAAGGAAUGGGUUCAGAAAAAGAAUGAACAGAAAAGAAAAGAAAGAGAACAAAAAAUCAGUAAAGAAAUGGAAGAAAAAGCAGCAAAGGAACAAGAGAAAGAACAUUUGCAAGAAAAAGCAAGAGAAAAAUACCAGGAAUGGCUGAAGAAAAAAAAUGCUGAAGAAUGUGAAAAGAAGAAGAAAGAAAAGGAAAAAGAAAAGCAAAGGCAAGCUGAGUUACAAGAAAAAAAGGAAAUAGCAGAAAAGAAAUUUAAGGAAUGGUUGGAAAAUGCGAAAAAUAAACCUCGUCCAGCUGCAAAGAGCUAUGGUUAUGCCAAUGGAAAGCUUACAGGCUUUUACAGUGGAAAUUCUUACCCAGAACCAGCAUUUUAUAAUCCAAUUCCAUGGAAACCAAUUCAUAUGCCUCCUCCCAAAGAAGCUAAAGAUUUCUCAGGAAAGAAGAGCAAAAGACCUGUGAUAAGUCAGCCACACAGGCCAUCUCUGAUAAUUCAUAAAGCCAGAAGCAACCUUUGCCUUGGGACUUUGCACAAAAUACAACGAUAA